GCGCGAAACUUUAGCGCCUGAAGUAAGGCAACCACCACGUGCUAGAUUCAUACGCUUACCGCUUUUCGCUUCUGCUCAGAGUAGAUUGUUUUUAUUUCGAAAUUAGUUUCGCUUUUUAAAUUGUAGAUAGAAAAGUUUUUGUUUUUGAAUUACUUGCUCGAAAUUGCUCGCUUUGCGUGAAUGUCUCUAAUCCAGCAAUGGCCAGUGCACUCAAAACUAUUCUGUGAUAUUUUUAUUUCGUCCGUUACUAGGAAAACUCCGACGAUAACCGGGACCUGUCGACCACUUCCCUGUACCAGCACAUGGGUGACAAACCCUUUGACCUGACCGAUUCAAGUAAAUUUUCGUUCACUCGAUCCGAAUUUGAUGACGCAGAUUCUCGAUUUAGUUUUAGCAAUUCAAGUUCGUCACCAGUUCAAGCUGGAAAUGGAAUCGACAGGGACCUGAGUGAGCACGAUUUUCCGGAAACUCUCAGACACGCGGCACGAUCUCUGGUGGCCCACGAGAGUUCCCUGGGAGUUCAGGUCAUCUCAUCGUCCGGAGGGCACAUCAUUGCCGUAGCAAACCCGGCUUUGGCACUGAGUCCGGCCCUGAGCGAGGCCAUCACCAUCAAGCGGGAGGCCAUUUCGCCGGAGUUGUAACGACACCGAAUCAUCAACAACAGCAUCACCCAACGGAGGAUCAUCCGAGGACACAAAAAAGCUAAAGACCCAAAACUCAUGUACUAAUUCAGGGCAUACCCUUAUGAUAACCUUUCGUUUGCACAUCUUUUCGGCAGCUAGUCUAAAAACUUUAUAAAAGUUAAAAAUUUUUCAAUGAAUUUCUUUUUUCGGCAAUUGUGUUUAUCACACUAAAUUUUAUUUCAGACACAUAAAGACUGUUACUAGGUAUAUUCGGUUCCUUACUUUUUUUAGGUUCAAGUUAAAUUUUCUAGAUAAAAAAAUAAGCAUUAAAAUUUUUACGUUCAUUACUCGACCAGCUUUUGGUUAGAUUCAGUGCAAACAUCACUUUCAAGAAGACUGUUCAAUAAAUACACAUUCAAACUUUGUUAUCGACCAAAUUUAGGUUUCUUUCAUUUGCCUUGUUCUAGAUUAAAACUAUAAAUAUGUAAAUAAAUAGAUGUGUACACAUGUGAUAUUGUGUAUAUAUUUCGUAGCUGUAAUACAGUUCUCUUCGAGCACAAAAUAAACCUAUUUGUCAUGCAAAACACAUUAUUGAGCAUAAUCCGUACGUACAAAAGCACCCUAAUUGUAGUUCUUCAACAUUCGUGAAAUACAAAAACAUUAUUCUAAACAAGUUUUUUGCAUUCAGUGUACCAAGAAAUACAACCAGUAACAUUUUAAGAGUAAAACCAAAUAAAUGGCAAGAAUACUAAG